AGUGCGCAGACUCAUUACUCUCCGCUGUCAGGGCAAGGCAUACUGACGGUAUGGCGGCAGGAUACAGCAGGAAGGAUGCUACUGUCGCCCGUGAUGUGUCUUUCGCCAACAGAAUGUGAAUGGAAUAUCGACGGUAAAGGGAAAGGAUACCGCAAUAAAGGCCUGUCUCCGUGAACUCCGAGAUGGCCAGGCUCGCCGACUACUUCGUGGUGGUCGGUUACGACCUCGAUAAGAGAGGGGGCAGUGAGGGCCAAGGUCACAUUCUCCAGCGCUUUCCUGAGAAAGACUGGGAGGACAAUCCCUUUCCACAAGGCAUCGAACUGUUCUGUCAGCCCAACGGCUGGCAGUUAGUUCCAGAGAGGGAGCGUCCGUCGUUCUUCGUGUCGGUUCUGACCGACAUCAACUCAGAGCGUCACUACUGUGCCUGUUUCACGUUCUGGGAGGGCCUGGACAACCCUCAGCUACAGAAAGCUGAGGCCAGUGAGGUGGAUGAGGACGAAGUCCCAGGGCUGGUCCAGCCGACACAGGUCUUUGCCCCCAAGAGCUUGGUGCUGGUGUCCCGUCUGGACCACACAGAGGUCUUCAGGAACUGUUUGGGGCUCAUCUACGCCGUGCACGUGGAUAGCCUCAGCGUUCCCUUGGAAACGGUGAUCGGAAACCUCCUCACCUGCGUCAUCCCCGUCGCUGGUGGUUCUCAGAUAAAUGAGUCCCCAGUAUGUAGUUUAAAUCUUUCGGUUCCUCAGGCCCUAGCCUGUGACUGGCUACUGGGCUGCUUUCAGGACCAGCCAUGCCAGGAGGAGAGAGAGGAGAGCUUGAGGACUAUAACAUUGGGUGCGGGCGAUCGACAGGUCAUCCAGACUCCCAUCAACGACACCCUCCCUGUCAGCGGCAGCAGCGUAGCCCAUCUCUUUAGACAGCUUGGUAUAGUGAACGUCCUGUAUCUGUUCUGUGCUGCUCUGACGGAACACAAAAUCCUGUUCCUGUCCAGCAGCUACCAGAGACUCACAGACGCCUGCAGAGCACUACUGGCCAUCAUGUUCCCCCUCAAAUACAGUUUUACGUACGUCCCCAUCCUGCCGGGGAAACUCCUGGAGGUGCUCAGCACGCCCACGCCUUUCAUCAUUGGGGUCAAUUCUUUCUUCCGUUCCGAGACCCAGGAACUGGUGGGUAGCAUGACCUUGGACGUGAUCAUCGCUGACCUGGACGGAGGCACGGUGACCAUCCCGGAGUGUGUCCACAUCUCCCUGCUCCCCGACCCCCUCCUGCAGCAGACCCAGACCGCCCUCUCCAUGGUGUUGGACCCAGAGCUGGAGAUAGCUGAUCAUGCCUUCCCCCCUUCCUCCACACAACCCUCCACACUCAAGAUCCAGGAUAAGGAGAUCCGGGCAGUGUUUCUGUGGCUGUUCGGCCAGCUGUUCCAUGGCUAUCGCUGGUGUUUGCACAUCAUCCGGAUCCACCCUGAACCAGUCAUCCGCUUCCAUAAGGCUGCGUUCCUGGGCCAGAGGGCUCUGACUGAGGAUGACUUCCUGAUGAAGGUUCUGGACGGUAUGGCAUUCGCUGGGUUCAUAUCGGAGAGAGGGCCGCCUUACAGACUCACAGACCUGUUCGAUGACCUGAUAGCCAAUCAGGUGGAGCGUAUUCGCCAGGAGGAGUGCAGCCCGCACAAAGUCAUGAACCAUAUCAAGGAGCUGGCCGAGCAGCUCUUCAAAAACGAGAACCCGUACCCUGCCGUGGCCAUGCAUAAGGUGCAGCGGCCAGCUGAGAGCCCUGGUCACAAUGACCCCAAGAACUUGGCUAUCUUCCCUCUGCUGGACGACGUUACGGUCCAGCUCUUCAUCGACCAUGCCGCCGCCAAGCUCCAGACCGCCCCGCCCGUGGUCAAGGCUGAGCUCAAAGGCAUGGUCCCCUCCGGACCCCCACUGGGAGACAUUGUGGACAGGCAUGGUCAUGUCCUGGCUAACAGCGCUCGCAGGCUGGAGGUGGUCAGGAACUGCAUUACCUACAUAUUUGACAACAAGAUGCUGGAGGCCAAGAAGCUGAUGCCAGCGGUACUGCGGGCGCUGAAGGGCCGGGCGGCCAGGGUGUGUCUGACCCAGGAGCUCAACCAGCACGUCCUGCAGAACCGAGCUGUGCUGGACGACCAGCAGUUUGACUACAUCGUCCGCAUGAUGAACUGCACCUUACAGGACUGCUCCCACAUGGAUGAACACGGUAUUGCAGCCAUCCUCCUUCCCCUGGUCACGGCCUUCUGCAGGAAACUAGGCGCGGGCAUCACCCAGUUUGCCUACAGCUGUGUGCAGGAGCACAUGGUGUGGACUAACAUGCAGUUCUGGGAGGCCAUGUUCUACAGUGAUGUCCAGAACCACAUCAGAGCCCUGUAUCUGGAGGCAGACGGGGGGGAGCAGUCCACCGCUUCUCGCGGUCAGCAGGAGUCUGGUCCAGCAGCAGGAGGUCAGGAGCUGCUGGGUGCUCUGGAGCUGGCGUCAGAGCAGAGCAGGCUGUGGCCCACGCUCAGCAAGGAGCAGCAGAGUGAGCGCGUGCAGAAGGAGGAGAGCACAGUGUUCAGCCAGGCCAUCCACUACGCCAACCGCAUGUCCUACCUGCUGCUGCCCCUGGACACCAGCAAGAACCGCCUGCUCAACAGGUCCGGGAUAGGGGACGUGGAGAGUGUUAGCAACAGCUACGUCACCAACAGGUACACCAACAGCAUUGCUGGCAGCAUGGCAGAGAGCUACGACACAGAGAGCGGCUUUGAGGACGCUGAGAGCUCUGAUGUGGCCAACUCUGUGGUGCGAUUUAUCAACCGCUUCGUAGACAAAGUGUGUAACGAGAGUGGGGUGACCAACGAGCACCUCAAGGCACUACACACCAUGAUACCAGACAUCGUUCAGAUGCACAUCGAGACGCUGGAUGCAGUCCACAGGGAGAGUAAGCGACUGCCACCGAUCCAAAAGCCUAAGCUUCUGAGGCCCAUUCUUCUGGCGGGGGAGGAGCUGGUGAUGGACGGCAUGCGGGUGCACCUGAUCUCAGACGGCCGGGAGGAGGCCACGGGGGCCUUGGGGGGUCCACCCCUCCUCCCUGCCGAGGGGGCCAUCUUCCUCACCACCUACCGCCUCAUCUUCAAGGGCACGCCCAACGACCCGCUGGUGGGUGAGCAGGUGGUGACGCGGUCGUUCCCCAUCGCCUCCCUGACAAAGGAGAAGAGGAUCUCUGUCAGUCUGUCCAUGGACCAGUUCAUACAGGAGGGUCUGCAGCUACGCUCCUGCACUUUCCAGCUGCUGAAGAUAGCGUUUGAUGAGGAGGUGGCGUCGGACCUGGCCGAGGUGUUCCGGAAGCACAUGCACAAGCUCCGCUACCCACAGCACGUCCAGGGAACCUUCGCCUUCACCGUGGGCCAGAGUGGCAAGACGUUGGUCGAACACAAGACCAAGGACAAGAACCAGUCAAUAAAAACACUUUCCAAAAACCUCGUGAAGAGCGCCAAGAGGACGAUCGGUCGACAGUAUGUGACCCGGAAGAAGUACUCACCUCCCACCUGGGAGAACAGGAGCAGCCUGCAGUCAGAGCUGGACGAGGAUGAGCUCUCCGUCUCAGAGGAGUUGGACCAGGGCUCCCUCACCCUGUCUUCCACCAUCCGCUCCUCAGACAGACAGACCAUGAGCAACGUGGUGGAGCGCGCCUGUUGCCGUGACUACCAGCGGCUAGGACUGGGCACGCUCAGUAACAGCCUGACGCGCUCCAAGAACGAGCCCUUCCGCAUCUCCACCGUCAACCGCAUGUACACCGUCUGCAGGAGUUAUCCCGGCCUGUUGAUCGUGCCCCAGAGCAUCCCAGACUCCACCAUCCAGCGCAUCUCUCGCUGUUACAGACAGAACCGUUUCCCUGUGGUGUGCUGGAGGAACUCUCGUACCAAGGCUGUGCUGCUGCGCUCUGCAGGCCUCCAUGCUAAGGGAGUGGUGGGCUUCUUCAAAUCCCCCAAUGCCCCCAGCGCCGGUACGACACACACUAAAAGCCCCUCCCAGGCCGACUCGACCAGCCUGGAGCAGGAGAAGUACAUGCAGGCGAUCAUCAGCUCCAUGCCCUCUUACUGUGAGCCCAGUGGCAGGAACACACUCGGCGGCUUCACCUCCACUCACAUGAGCACCUCAGACUCGUCAGAUAAGCUGAGGCAGCCUAAGAUCGGAGCUCUGAUGAAACAGGUGAUGGGAGGCAAGGAGGACGUACCUGAAACCUUCAGCCGCGGAGCUCUGGGUCAAAGGGCGAGGGUCAUCUCCCUCUCUCAGCCCAGAGUUUCAGGCAAGGCCAGAAACCCCCCUGGAGGGAAGUGGGGCAGUAUCCGGGGAAGUGGGCGUCUGAGUGCCUACAACCCCGAAGUGGGGAACAGGCUGUCCAGUAAGGAGUCUCCCCAGCCCAACGGGGGCCCCAGCGAGGCCCUGUUCCUCAGACAGCAGAGGGCCUACCUCUACAUCAUCGGAGACAAGACACAGCUCAAAGGUGGUAAGCAGGACUCGUUCCAGCAGUGGGAGGUGGUGCCCAUCGAGGUGUGCGAUGUGCGUCAGGUGAAGAACAGCUUUAAGAAGCUGAUGAAGGCCUGUGUUCCCAGCUCAGCCACCUCUGAACCCGGCAUGACCUUCCACCGCUGCCUGGAGGAGUCCGAAUGGAUGUGCCUGCUCCACAGAGUUCUGCAGGUGUCUGUCCUGGUGGUAGAGUUGUUAGACACAGGCUCGUCAGUCAUGGUCAGUCUGGAGGACGGCUGGGACGUCACUACUCAGGUGGUGUCUCUGGUCCAGCUUCUGUCAGACCCGUACUACCGGACCUUCGAUGGCUUCCGCCUGCUGGUGGAGAAGGAGUGGCUGUCGUUUGGCCACAGGUUCAGUCAUCGCGGCGCCCAGACCCUGGCCAGCCAGAGCAGCGGCUUCACACCUGUAUUCCUGCAGUUUCUCGACUGCGUGCACCAGAUCCACCUGCAGUUCCCCAUGGAGUUUGAGUUCAGUCAGUACUACCUGAAGUUCCUGGCCUACCACUACGUGUCCAACCGAUUCAGAACCUUCCUGCUCGACUCGGACUACGAACGCAUCGAGCUCGGGGUUCUGUACGAGGAGAAGGGGGAGAGGAAGAACCCGCAGGUGUGUAAGUCAGUGUGGGAUUACAUCGACCGGCUCAACAAGAAAACACCUAUCUUCUUCAACUACAUGUUCUCACCAGAGGAUGAGGAGGUGCUGCGGCCGUACAGCUUCAUCUCCAACCUGAAGGUGUGGGACUUCUACAUAGAGGAGACGCUGUCUGAGGGCCCAUCUUACGACUGGGAGCUGGUGCAGAGGGGCCGGCAGGAGAGGCUGGCUGAGGAGGUACCUGACAAACCAGACACCACCACCCCCAAGUCACAGCGACACAUCGUCUGGCCCUGCUACGACAGCCGCAGCAGAGUGGUACCCGACGCCAUCACCAAACUGCUGCAGGACCUGCAGAGUCUGGAAGCAGAGUUGGGGCUGCCACCGGAGAAAUGGAAGGACACCUGGGACAAGAUCAAGGCCAACCAACGGGUCGAGGCAAAGCUGGAGAACAGGCCGUCGUUCAACAGCUCUUUGCUGAUGUCGUCCAACCUGAGUCACCAGCGGCGGUCUCAGGGGGUGUACCUUCCGGAGAGUGGAGUGGGCUCCUCCAUUAACCUGGCCAUGGACCGUGAGAUCAGCACCACCUCCACCCCUGUGGCCGGGCGCCCCAGCACCAGCACCCUAUACAGCCAGUUCCAGAGCACGGAGAGUGAGAACAGGAGUUUUGAGGGCAUCCUGUUUAAGAAAGGCGCGUUGCUGAAGCCAUGGAAACCCCGCUGGUUUGUGCUGGACAAGACCAAACAUCAGCUGAGAUACUAUGAGACCAGGCAGGACAAGGAGUGUAAGGGGGUGAUUGAGCUGGCGGAGGUGGAGUCUGUCAUUCCAGGCACGCCCACCAUGGGAGCGCCCAAAAACAUAGAGGAGAAAGCCUUCUUCGAUCUCAAGACGACCAAAAGAGUGUAUAACUUCUGUGCGCAGGACAGCCCCAACGCACAGCUGUGGAUGGACAGUAUUCAGAGCUGCCUCUCUGAUGCCUAGAGAGAUGCGCGGCUCCACCAUAACAGGAACUAUCCAACCAGGAACCAAUGAGCAAUGCUGAGGCACCCGAUGGACAUCUCUGCUGGCCAAUCACAGGAGUUCCUCUCCAGAAGGAGGCGGGAUUGAGACAGAUGGGGGAGAGUCCUUUCCACAGUUGAGCGCCGUUCAGUGUCGGUAGUAGUGUUGAACUGAUGUCACGUUUCAGUGUUUUUGUUAUAAAAAUGAAAGAAAGAAGUCCCUGAAUGACCACUCGCUUUUGUCUCACCGUGUUGCUGGCUGCAGCCUGUCACCUUGGUAGUACAACCACUCUUUGCGCUGGAUGUCUAUGCAAAAUGGAGCUAAAAGAAAGAAAGCAUGAUGUAGUUUGUGUGAGCUUGAAGAUGGACAGUUUCUCACUAAUCUAACUGGGGCCUCCAGCAUGCAGAUGUAGACCCUCCCAUCUCCUAGAGACUACAACUCCUAUUCCGCCACACACCUCAACACUCCAGGGAGGAAGUAAUGGUGAACUACAUUAUCCAGCCUUGUCUCCAGCCUGUUGUCCAUGAAAACAGGAAGUGAAUUGGAGUGUUUCCUUUAACAACAGAACACAGAAUCGUGCAGAACAGUCAUCAUGGUUACCUGCUAGCUAACGUUGAAGCCUCCCGUUUCCCCGUCACUGCCUGAUGUAGCUGAAUCUUACCCGUGAGGAGUUGGACACAUAGAUCCUCUCCUCUAAGAUGUCUCUUAUUCCCCAGACACACCACCAAGGGAGCCCUCUCAACGGUUUAUGAAGGAUUUCUAUUUUUUACAGCUGAUCUGUUACAUUUUUGGGUCAGAGAGAUCAGGCCUCCUCGUUAUCACACCCAGAGAAGUUGGUGAUAUGCUGUUAUUAGCCCUCGUGAUCAAACCAGGAGAAUGGCAGUGGGAGAUUCUAAAUCCGCAGAACAAUAUUAGUGUUUACACAAGAAGCUAUGGGCUGUACUUCUCAAGCUAAAGUUCUUCCUCUAUAUUUCUUAUCAAAUACAAACCACUAUUACAGUUGAAUGUUAAGGGAUGCUGAAGGAACAGGAGGGAUAUAUUUUUGUGAAGAUUAAUUUAUGCACAAAAUGGUAAAAACAAAAGGUGAUUGAUGGGGCCUGUGGGCAGAGCAGAGGGGAUUAUGGGAUGGAUGACUAGUCUGUUUACAUGGCACAGUGCUGAGACUGGAUCUGGAUAUGACCCCCCACCUCCCCCUCUGUUUCUAUGGUCAGGUUUAAUGUUGGACAAAUGGUAUUUCAGUUAUACAAGUGCCAGUGGAUUUUAACAUGUGACAAGUAUUAGACAGUUGGAUUGGAAUGUGCUCUAAACAACCAAUUUUGUUUUCAGGUAAUAUAGUUCUUAACCAGAGGGGGGCGUUAGUGGUGUUCAAGGCACUUAAAAUAAAUCAAAUCCAACUAUAAUUACGCAGUCAAUUAAUAGCAUUGUAAGUCUCAAAAGCAUGUGUCCGAGCAUAAGAUAUCACUCUCUGCACCUACUCAGCCUUUGUUUGGUGGUCUGUGAGUCACAGCUUGGCUUCUGAACAACUGCAUCUAUGUGAACAGUAAUACUUCAGCGAGUCCCAACUUUCUCGCCGCUGCUCUUCUGUCUAAACCAGUGUUUUUAGCUAGAGGCUGUUACAUUCUAUUCUUAAGCCUGUACAUAGGAGUCAAUGUCUGUUAGAGCCUUGUAGAGAGAAUAUGUUUAGCUGGAAUUUGUGAGAUUGCGAUUUAAGUCAAUUGUUCGUUUUUUUUAUGCUACAGAGCAGUAUCGGUUAGCCCUCAUUUUGAGCCCCCAAGUUACGAAAACAGACACUCUCCUCGUUUAACACAAACAUUGCCGUGUAAAAUAUGGUUAUACUGCUGUCUUGUUGAACAUAAAAUUUGAAUUGUAGAUUUGUGUCUAACUCCUUUUGUAUAUACUACUCAGAUUUGUAUGUAACGUUUAUGGUAGUAAUUUAUUUAACUUUGUCUCCUUGGUAAGAAAAGUUCCUCAAGCACCACUUAUUUUAAAUUAGGAAUCCAAUGUGCCAUUUGUUUAUUUCUGUGUUGUGACUAAUUCUACUACUUUUUGGAAAAUGUGCUGUGUAAGUAAACCCUCAAUGUCUUUUUUUUUUUUACAUUGUCCUUCCCCAAUAUCAAUCCCUAAGAAGAGUGGAAAUUGUGUGAGCAAGAACUAGCCUCCCUAGUUUUACGGAACCUCAUUAAGUUGCUUACCUGCACAGGUGGGGUGUUUAAAAUGUCACACACCCACCCCAACAGGCCAGCUCAUCCCGUUUUCUGCAGUCUACUAAUCUCCUGAUUUGGGUAGAUUAUAUCCACAACAUUAAUCAGAUCAGUAUAAUAUAACCUUAUUUAUUUUUACUUUUUUUUUUCUAAUUAGAAAUUUCCUUCUGAGCCGGGUCUGUCAAUCAUGUAAUAUUUUUUAGAAUUAAAACAAAAACACUGUGGGUUUAAA